UCAUCUCUCUCAUCUUCCCUAUCUGUCUUUCUCCCCUACCGUUUCUUCACAAACAACCAAAGCGAACCACCACAGAAAGAAAGAGAAAAAAACAGCUUCGUGAUCGUCAUCAUCCUCCGGAAAAAAUCUACAAUGGGGAUUGUCGUCAAGUCAUUCAAAGAUCAAUUCUCAUCUGAUGAGAGAUUGAAGGAGUCGAGCAACAUCAUUGCCAAAUAUCCAGAUAGAGUUCCGGUAAUCAUUGAGAAAUAUUCAAAUGCAGACCUGCCUGACAUGGAGAAGAGCAAGUUCUUGGUCCCACGAGACAUGACUGUUGGACAUUUCAUUCACAUGCUAAGCAAUAGACUACAGUUAGAUCCAUCUAAAGCUCUGUUUGUUUUUGUACAGAACACACUUCCUCAAACAGCUGCUCGCAUGGACUCUUUGUACAAUACUUUCAAGGAAGAAGAUGGUUUCCUCUACAUGACUUACAGCACUGAGAAGACAUUCGGCUAACCCAAAAAAAAAAGAUUCGUUGCUUAAAUAUUUGAAAAGCUCGUUUUCUGAAUAAUCCGUUUGUUUGACAUAUUAUUUGUGAAUAAUGAAUGUCAGCUCUUGUUGUUGUUGUUGUUGUUAGCUGACCUUUGUACAGAAAAGCUAAAAAAAAUUGACUUUGUAAAUUGUAUUCAAUAAUAAAACAAUGUGAUGAUAUGCUCACACGAAACC